AUGCUCCGCGAUCUGAUUUGCUCUCGCUUCGCGAUCCUCAGCCCACAUGCCAUCGCCAUCGUCCCGCGGCCUCCAUGGAUCCGCGGUAGCUGUUCCUGUUCCUGUGUCGGUGCCUGUCUCCAGCGGGUGCGUGGCAAGGUAGUUGUUGUACAAGUAGUCUCGCGCCGGCGCGGGCCGGGCCAUGCGCCAGCCCCAGCCAAACACCCAGCCCCUCCCAAGCCACCACAGGCGCAGCGCGCGGCCCACGACGCCCAGCACCGUAAACACACCCAUGGCCUCUACCAGCAGCACGGCACCGCUGAGCAAGGCAAGCGUGGCGGCGACGACAAGGGCCCAGUAGAUGGCUUCAGCGCCGGGUCCAGGGUUAACGACGUGGGCGAGGGUGCGUGCGUGUACGACGAGCACAACCGGGGGGGGCAUGAGGGCGGCCAGGGCGACCAUGGUGCGCAACGAGGCGCGUCUAGACCGGCAGGCGAGACAAUUGGCACAGCUAGGGCAAGCACCGUGGUGGCAGCGAAGAGCAGGCCGGCGGCCGACAUGGCAGAUGACAUGACAGACGGCGUCGUGGCUGUCGACAAGGCCGCCGACGGUGUCUGUGGGCUGGUUAGGGUGCACUGUGCAGCACCGCUUCUGCGCCUUGGCUUUAUCCUCCUCGUUGCCCGUGAAGCCGUCCCGCUUACGCUUCCGACCGCGCGGCAGUGUCGCUCGCCGUCUACUCGCAGCAGCAGCCGCUGCUGUACUUGCUUCCGUGGCGGCCAGAAGCCGAGCGAGUGCGACGAGAAUGUAGAGCCAAGUAGCAAACUCGUCGUCUUCGUCGUCUGCGGCCAGGCCAACACCACCAACUUUACCCCUGAGGCCCUCCACCACCACCGUGUUUCACUCGACCCACUCUCACUCUUCAUCCCCCUCUGCCACUCCUCUCAGCCCUGUCUUGGAGCCUUUGGUAGCAGCUGCAUCUUCCCAUUUGAUUUGCACCUCUCGCCAGCCUGUCUGGUUUCACUCGGCCAAUUUCGAUUCCAUUGCGAUGCAACUCGCUGCACUCUGCCGCACUCCCAGACGGGAGCUGCGAAUGGGGGCAGGAACACAUGCAUCUCUGCCUCCUUCAACUCCAUUCUCCCCUCCCGUGCCGCCAUCGUCCACACCAUAGUCAGCAUGUCGAAGCGUACAUUUCCAGAUGCUGGCGAGUGCUCUUCUUGUUCUGACCGCUCCAAGAGACCCAUGCCCAGCACCGCCUUCCAUAACGACAAUGCCACGGCUUCGAUUUACAGUCCAAGUCCAGUCAUAGGCCUCUUUGCAUCGCCUGCACCCACCUGCUGGUCACCAUUGAGUUUUACCUGUGGCCUGUCCUGGCCACACUUCAUGGGCUAUCAGAUGCAAAUGCCGAUGCAACACCAGGCCUUUGCAUAUCCACUUCAUGCCUUCCAAACGCCCUUUGGCUUCGAGUCGUCGAUCUUCACGUCGCUGCAUCCGGCCACAAAUCUAGAACCAAAUUCAGGGCAGAUGGAAGACGUCUCUUCAUGCUCACAGUCGACUGACGCUGCGCCGCCUGGUAGUGCACUCGCGCACGAAACCGGCCAGUACUGUGACGAUAACUCAAGUUUUUGGAACAUGGAUGACUUUUCUCCUUCUCCGUUGGCUAGCUAUGACUCGAGCUCGUGGCAAGACAUUGACCUAAGAUCUCACUCCAACAACCCUGGGCUCAGCAACACGUCUCUUAUAUUAGACACGUCAUUUCCCGCCUUAGAAACUCCUUUGGCUACUGGCAAUCAAGUGUUCGACAAUAUCUCAAGCGCAAUCAAUACAAUUGCAUGCCCAAGGUUAGGCAACUCCCCCCCCCUGCAUCAUGGCGCACCUUCUACGCAAUUGGUGGACUUCCAUCACUUCGACUCAAACAACGGGAUCGUCGUUGCACCUGCCCUUGGCCAAGCAUCAUCUGAAGCUUCCAUCCUUUCGACCGCAUCGACACCUCACGGCGAGCGUGCCACCUCGCCACCAGAGGGCUCGACCACCCAGUGGUACCGCCGCUUCUUCGGCUACGACUAUUCCCUCGACAUCGAAACGGUUCAAUUCAUCUCUCAGCGUGCCCUAACCAUCUUCGCCUCCCUAGCUAAUCCAUCUGACCCAACACCUGUCAUGUACGCGAAAUAUGUCGCCUUCAUGAUGAAGCUUAAAUGCACCGAUGUCGUCAGUAUCGUCGUAUCUCUGGUCAUGCAUCUCUUCUUCUACGUUGCAGACGAUGUCGACGCCUGUCUGUGGGCUGCUAAGAGUAGGAUGUUGGCUAGGUCGAAGACGCGGAGAAGAAUAAAGCGCGAGUCAGAGUUGUUCGACGCAUUACAGGACCACUUGCCACCAGGCCUGAGUUACAAGGAGUUUGUGGCAAACAUGAAGAAGUGGCGCAAGGUGGGCUCCCAAUAUGCCUUCCUGGCGCGCCGGCUCAGUCUUGGGGCUCUGGUGCUUGCAAGGAACCUCCUGCUCCCACAAAGCAUGUGGGGCUGCGCACAAGGCAAUGACCGCCAUAGCGCCUCGGAAAACGCGCUCUGCUACCUCGAGGAAAUUGGGCUUCCAGAAAUGGCUCGAGGGGUCAAGAGUGAAGAGUUGAUGCAUAGUCUGCUUUGGGCAGUCUUUGGGAAGUUCGAAGAAUUUGGUGCAGUAGAGAGUGGGAGAGUACUAGACGAGUCCAUAAAAGAGUAUGUGAGUGUGCUCGACGGCACCUAUAUGUCGAUUGUGACGACGGAGCAACAAGAACUUCAAGGCUAUCAGGGUGUUCAGGCAGGGUGGAGACGAUGGCCUUUUAACCUGCAAAAGACAGUGGCUCUGGUUGUGAACAGUAAGCUGGUAAUGAUGCAGAUGUUUGGAGGCAUGUUUGGAGGCAUGAAGUAG